AUCGGGAGUUUUGGAACUUCAGAAGACGGGGUUCCUGUGGAUGGCUUCGGCACCAAGCCCUGAGUGCUGUUUGUGCGCAUUUCCCACUACCCGCGCGAACAUUCCCGUGCGUACAUUCCCUUGCAUACAUUCCCGUGCGUAAAUUGAGAAUUUCUUAUCAACUAUUGGAGAGACCAGGUUUUAUUAUCAAGAUCAUAUUCACCCUCAAUAAUGGUAAAAAAAGCGCCAAAGCCCCCGAGACCCCCCAAGCCCAACAAAACAAACGAUAAGAAAAAGAAGAAGAAAAACGAUAAAAACGUGGAGCUAGUCAUGGUGAACGGCAAGGCAAAGGAGGCGGAUUUGGAUGAUGACGAGAGCGAGCAGCCUUUAAAGACAACAGUUGAGGGCACUAAACAAGAACAGCUUUGCGCUGCUGCGUACAUGGGGGACAAGGAGACAGCCAUCAAAUUACUAGACAAGGGAGUCGACAUCAACUGUGCCGACGAGUACGGCAAGACCCCGCUACACCACGCAACGACAGGCAAACGCAUAGAGUUCGUUGAGUUUUUACUGAGUCGCGGAGCGGAGCUUACGAAACAAGACCAGAGAGGUGACACACCCUUACACGCGGCGGUUAGGACUGGUGACGAGGCGAUAGUCAAGACGCUGGUGUCAAAUGAGAAGUGCAACGUGAAUGCGAAAGGGCGAGGUCUUUGUACACCUCUACACAUCGCAUGCGGAAUGGAUAAGCUCAAGAUCUGCAAGUUGCUGAUAGAGCACGAGGCACGAAUCGACCUGAAGGACGAAGACAAAAUGACACCGCUGGGUCACGCGGUGGAGAAAGGUGCCAAGAACACAGCGGAGUAUAUCUUUAGUAUUGCUAAGGCGAAGAUGGAAAAUCUAGACAGCCUGCUUUACCAAGCAGAUAUAGAUGGGAGUACGUUGCUUCAUAUGGCGGUGGAAAGCGGCGUAACCGAAAUCGUGGCAUUGUGUCUAAAUCACGGAGCAAGAGUGAGAGAACCGAAGGAUAAGCACAGCCCUUCAGCAUUUCACUUGGCGUGUGCCCAGGGGUCAGUAAAGAUGGUGAAACUGAUGGUUGAAAAGGACCCUGUUAUCUGUCGUAUUACACUCAUAGACAGAGAUGGCAUGUCGCCGCUACACCGAGCUGCAGCCAACAAUCAGACGAAUAUCGUGGAGUUUUUACUUGAUCAGGGUGCCCAAGUGGACCUAACUGACAAGACCCAUUGCACUCCUCUAUUCAUGGCGGCAUCUAACGGCGCUACUGAGACCGUGAAGCUCCUAAUGUCACGCGGUGCGAACGUGACUUCUAAGAACGUCGCCAUGGAGUCGGUGCUCCACGCGGCCGUAGGGCACAUGAGAACGACUGAGGCGCUGCUAAACGGUUCAGGGGCGGCGUAUCUUAUCCCAGAACAGGACAGAGAUGGAUACGCCCCAAUCCACCGUGCGGCGAGGGGUGGUUACUUGCAGAAUAUUCAUCUGUUUAUUACCAAAAACAAGGCGGCAGCCGGAAUAACAGCAGACUCUCUAGACACCCCAUUACAUGUCGCCUGCAAGUUCGGUUGGCUUGAGAUAGUAGAUGAUCUACUAGUGGGGCGCAAUGUACGUAUGAUCAACUUGAAAAACAACCACGGCAAGACGCCACUGCACUUUGCUGCUGGCGAAGGACACGACAAGGUGGUAGAGCUACUCCUGGACCGCGGCGCCACCAUAGACAGGGACCAUACCGAACGAACACCGUUACACUUGGCCGCCAUUACAGGCUCCAAACGGUGCGUCGAGUGCAUUUUGAUAAAGCACCCAGACUGUUUGAACAGUGUCGACGAAGAUCAGGUACGUAAGGGGCAGUAG